AUGUCAUCGAUGUCAGUAUCGUCAUUAAAGAAAGCCGUGGCUCAUACAUUCGAUACAAUUCGGCAAAAAAGACCGAUAAUUUAUCAGAUUAUGAAUCAUACUGUGAUGAAUCAAACCGGUAAUGCUAUAAUUCAUGUUGGUGCCAAGUCAUUAAUGGCACAUGCAGUUGAGGAGGUCGAGGACAUGGUUUCACUGGCUGAUGCACUUGCAAUGGAUUCUAGUACACUGAGUGGGCCAUGGGUUCAAGGAAUGCAUCUUGCAGGACAGCGUGCCAACGACAAGGAGAUUCCGAUCGUAUUUGAUUCGAUUCUAGUCGGAGCUACGACCUAUCGCAUGGAAGCUGUUCUUAAAUUACUCAAUUCUCUCGAUAUUGCCAUCUUGAAAGGUAAUUCGAGCGACAUAAGGCACAUUUAUGAUACCACAGUUCAUAUUCAUGAAACUGACUCCGUUACCGGCGUGCUCGAUCCAGGUCAGAUUGUACGCCAAUUGGCUCAGAAGAGAAAUGGAAAAACUAUUGCGGCACUUAGUGGUCAAAAGGAUUAUGUUUCUGAUGGACAUCAGACAGUGAUAAUUAAGAAUAAUUGCGAACGCCUCAAUCAACUUACCGGUAUAGGAUGCACAGUGAGUGCUCUGAUGGCUUGCUUUGCCGGUGUCAAUAACGAUUAUUUGGUCGCAGCUGUCGGCGGUUUCGCUGUCAUGGGUGUGUGUGCAGAACAGGCUACUCUCAGUGCAUCAGUUCAUGGAGCAGCGAGCUUUCAAGUGGCUCUAUUCGAUCAAUUGAGUACUCUUACUGGUAGCGAAUUGGAAUCGUUGAUGCACAUCGAUUUUAUUGAUAAUUAA